AGCUAAUAAUGCAUGAGAUCCGGUUUUGUAAUAUUAGCUUAUCGCCUUGACGUGCACAUAAAACAUUAACAGGCUUGGCUUUGGUUCGUCGGUCGGUCAGUUGAGUACUAUUAUACGAAGCCUACAGGUUGGAUACUCAUUUUGGUCUCAUCAAGCAGAUCGCUUACUGCAAAGAAAGGAACCUUCUUCUGGCUUUGAUAUUAGUAAAUAUACGGACGCACAAAGGAUCUCCCCCGGCCGCUGCUGUGAACGACACAUUUUUCGUGGCUGAAGCCAAUCAGGAGACGCCGACAAGAAACUGAUUCCUAUCCCUUACGACAUCAAAAUGAGUGCGGUUGAACAUGUUGAAAUGCAGCCAGCUAGUGCCAAUAAAGGCGGUAGCGCCAUUACGCCCCCGGGUCUUGAGUACCUUGCCCAAAUCGACCAGCUUCUCAUACAUCAACAAGUAGAACUAGUUGAAGUUUUAACCGGGUUCCAUUGCAACAACAAAUAUGCAAUAAAGAACGCUAUGGGCCAGCAGAUCUAUUUUGCUGCAGAAAAUACAGAGAUGUGCCAACGACUGUUCUGUGGGGCGGAACGCGGAUUCCUCAUCGAUAUAAUUGACAACGGUGGUCAAGUGGUAGGUCGCAUCACGCGUGAGUUCAAGUGCUGCUAUGGUUGUUGCUGGUGCGCCACGACAUCGGGCACCUGCCACAUGGAAAUUGUGAUUGAGUCGCCUGUCGGCACACCCGUCGGAUAUGUAAGACUGGGGCGCUUCUGCUGCAAUCCUGUCUUCUACGUGAUGAAUGCUAACAAAGAAGAUGUCUUCAUGGUUACACGGAGCUGCUGUAUGUGCCAGUGGUUCUGCUGCACCGACGACCUUGACUUUAACAUGUUCCCGAAAGGUGCAGACGGCAACUGGGACAAAGCCAGUCCGGUUGGAAAGGUUUCCAAGCAGUGGGCAGGCUGUUUCAAAGAAGGCUUAACAAAUGCCAAUAACUUCAGCGCAAACUUCCCAAUGGAUCUUGAUGUGAAAAUGAAGUUCACCAUGUUCGGACUUGCUUUUCUAAUCGAUUUCUAUUACUUUGAAGACAAUGAUAACGACAACUAAACCAGCGCCUGUUUUCACCAGGAUUGUUUUCAUGCAGGGAAAAACGAACAUGCGAAACUUUUGGCAUGUACAAAGCCCUUAGUUUCAUAGUUACAAAAGUGCGAAAGAAACCCUGAAUGUAUUCAAAACCGUUGGUAUCAGUAAAAUAAAUAUUCCAGGUAGUAUCAGCUUGGGAAGACCUUCCUAAUUAAUACCAGACCUGGAACAAUCCACCUUGGACAAGGGAUUUUCUGAUUGAUUGUUAAUUGGAUUAAUUACAGCAGUCAUAAUUAUGCUUUGGCAAUUAGAAGUUAAUCAACUUUACUCUAGCAAGGAAGUAAUUAGUUUGGAUACACAAAAAACAAAUAACCAACACAUAACAUGGUUUCCAUUUGACUGACUGAUUGAAAACAUAUCUAAACUUUGCCUAUCUCAGUAUAAGUUACCUCCACCACACAACAUCUACAUAAUAAUCAUAAUAACCCCAAAAUUUGACUUCAUUUACAAUAAACAAGACGUGCAAUUUAUAACAUUUGACAGCAAAGACACCAUACCUGUACCUUUUUUACCUAGUCCCCAUUUUUCUUGUACCUUUUUUACCUGUACCUUUUUUUCCUGUACCUUUUUUACCGAUACCUUUUUUACUUGUACCUUUUUUCCUGUACCUUUUUUACCGUACCUUUUUACCUGUACCUUUUUUACCUACAUUCACAAAAAUUAUGCCCUUAUUACGUAUUCGUAUCUUUGGUCACGGAUGUAGGGCUUGGUCUGCCUCAAACAAAACAACAGCUGAAAGCCAAGUCGCUAAUCCCCUUGCUCUAAAUCCGUCGUAUGGCGUUUUCACAUCUGGCACCAAUCUCGAUUCGUGGUGUGCGAUAUGGGACACUGAUUUAUAUGCAAGUGAUGCUUGAUUCAGCUAAUAAAAGGAACAUUUUGCAGGAACGGGAUGGCUACUGACGUGAAUAUGACAUACGUAAAAUCGGCAGGGAUACGUAGGCCUAUACCAGCGGGCGUCAACUUGCCGAAAUUACGCGCGCACCAUUCGUUAGUUUCCGAACAAGAACGUCAUCCACUAUUCUGUUAUAUUCGGUCAAAUGUGUGUAUGUAUUAUCAUUAUUUAAUCAAUUGUAUCAAAUAACUAUGCUCCUCAAAGUAACUUGAUUUGGGAUAAAUGUCAUUGAACAUUACGAUUACAAUCAUGUGUAAUGAUGACUAUCAAACGAAAGAACAAAUUAAAGAUUGCAAGGGGACCUUUCUUCUCGGGGUAUUUUGAUAUAACCCUUCCCAGAAAACGGUCAUUAUCCAGACUGGUUAGAUUCAUUUUGUACAUUGUAUU